AUGCACCAUGGCGGCGGCCCCCCGAGUGCCCAGCACCAGCUGCAGCGGUCCCGCUCCUUCACUGGCGCCAGUGAGGGCGAGGAGCCGCAGCCCCACUCCGGUCUGCCCCAGUCCCCGGCCACCGCCUUCGCCCCGUCCGCCAGCCCGUCCGCACCCCCGUCGCCCGGGUACCAGAUCCAGCAGCUGAUGAGCAGAAGCCCGGUGGCUGGGCAGAGCGUGAACAUCACUCUGCAGAACGUGGGGCCGGUCGUGGGGGGCAGUCAGCCCAUGGCGCUGGCGCCCCUGCCGCUGCCCAGUCCAGCUUCGCCCGGCUUCCAGUUCGGUGCCCAGUCAAGGCGCUUUGAGCACGGGUCCCCGUCCUACAUCCAGGUCACCUCCCCACUGCCCCAGCAGGGCCAGACCCAGAGCCCCACGCAGCCCAGCCCCGGGCCGGGCCAGACCCUGCCGAGCGGGCGGGCUGGCGCCUCGGGCCCUGGGCUGGGCCUGUGCAGCAGCAGCCCCACGGGGGGCUUCGUGGACGCCAGCGUGCUGGUGCGGCAGAUCAGCCUGAGUCCUUCCGGUGGGGGGCACUUUGUGUUUCAGGAGGGGCCCAGCCUCAGCCAGCUGGCUCAGGGCGCCCCUGUGCAGCUGCAGCACGCGGGCGCGCCCCUGGCUGUGCGGGAGCGGAGACUGUCGCAGCCUCACGCGCAGUCCGGAGGCACCAUCCACCACCUGGGGCCCCAGAGCCCGGCGGCGGGCGGCACGAGCAUGCAGCCUCUGGCCAGCCCCGGGCACCUGGCCCCGGGCAGCCUGCCGCCCCAGAUCAGCAGCCUGAUCCAAGGGCAGCUGAUGCAGCAGCAGCAGGUGCUCCCGGGCCAGCCGCUGAGCCGGCCCCUGGCCUUUGAGAGGACGGCGCCAGGCGUGCUCCUGCCAGGUGUGGGCAGCUCCUCGGCCUUCGGCAUGACCUCCCCGCCCCCACCCACCAGCCCCUCCAGGACCCCGGUGCCACCGGCGCUGUCCAGCCUUCCGCUCACAUCCACAGUUGGCCCGGGCAUGAGGAGAGCACCCCGGAAGCUGGAGGAGAUCCCCCCGGCAUCUCCUGAAAUGGCACAGAUGCGGAAGCAGUGCCUGGACCACCACUACAGAGAGAUGGAGGCACUCAAGGAGACCUUCAGGGAGUAUUUGAUUGAACUGUUUUUCCUGCAACAUCUUCAGGGGAAUAUGAUGGACUUCUUAGCCUUUAAGAAGAAGCAUUAUGCCCCGCUGCAAGCAUACCUCAGACAGAAUGAUCUGGACAUGGAGGAGGAGGAGGAGGAGGAGGAGGAGGAGGAGGAGAGAUCGGAGGUCAUCAAUGAUGAGCAGCAAGCACUCACAGGGACCCUGGUGGCUGCGGCAGGCAGCACAAUGGAAGUGGACCCCUUCCAGAGACAGCAGGUGCUGCCACCACCCACAGGUAUGGCAGAGCAGUCCAAGCGGCCUCGAAUGGAAGUGGGUCACCCAGGAAUGGUUUUCCAGCACCCAGGGGUGAGCGCAGGUGUUCCUCUGCAGCAGUUAAUGCCGACGGCACAAGGAGGGAUGCCCCCGACUCCGCAGGCCACUCAGCUCACGGGGCAGAAGCCAAGUCAGCAGCAGUACGACUCCUCCACGGGACCGCCUGUGCAGAACGCUGCCAGCCUGCACACGCCGCCACCGCAGCUCCCCACUAGGCUGCCUCCCACUGCGGGUGCUCCUGGCGGUGCCCCGCCAGCCGCACUACAGUUCUCACCACAGCCGCCGAUGAUGGAGUCACAGAUCCCUGUGAAGACGCAGCAGCCCUCUGUUCCCGUCCCCGUGGCCCCGUCCAGUCAGUUCCCUGCACCCCUGCAGCAGCCAGCCCCCCCUGCCCUCCAUGUCCCGACACCUGGGAAGGCUCAUGUGCAGAUGUCCCAGCUUCCGGCUCAGCCUCAGACCGUGGCCCUGACGAGGCCCCCCAUGGAUGUUGCCCAGCCCUGCCAGCGACCUCUGCCCACUGCUACUUCUACCUCCUCCCUCACCCCCCUGGGUGGCUUGGGCCCUGGACCGCUCCCUGCACGGGCCUCACCUGUGAAUAGACCCUGCACAGCAACUAACAAGUCACUGUCACCUGUCACAUCCCGGUCCCCGGGUGCAGCUGUUCCAGCCCCCACCAAGGUGCAGAGCCCUGCUCAGAAUGCCACCGCAUCUCAGGACGGUUCUCAGGAUAAGCUGGCAGAACAGAUAACGCUGGAGAACCAGGUGCAGCAGCGCAUUGCAGAGCUGAGGAAGGAGGGCCUGUGGUCCCCACGACGACUGCCCAAGCUGCAGGAAGCCCCGCGCCCGCGUGCACACUGGGACUCCCUGCUGGAGGAGAUGCAGUGGAUGGCUACUGACUUUGCACAGGAGCGCAGGUGGAAGGUGGCUGCCGCCAAGAAGCUGGUCCGAACUGUGGCGCGCCAUCAUGAGGAGAAGAAGCUUUGUGAGGAGCGAGGGAGGAAGGAGGAGCAGAACCGGCUGAGGCGCAUUGCAGCCUUGACUGCUAGGGAGAUAGAGUAUUUUUGGUCAAACAUUGAGCAGGUUGUGGAAAUAAAACUACAAGUAGAACUAGAAGAAAAAAGGAAAAAAGCCUUAAAUUUACAGAGAAUUUCUCGGCGAGGAAAAGAGCCGAGGCCCUCAGGACGCGACAUUGCAGCAGAACCAUUCCAGGAUUUAGGACUAUCGGGAAGAAAAAGAAAAGCCAGCACGUCACUAACUGAUGAUGAAGUGGAAGAUGAAGAGGAGACAAUUGAAGAGGAAGAAGCAAAUGAAGGCAUGGUGGAUCACCAGACAGAGCUAUCUGAUUUAGCCAAAGAAGCUGAAAUACCCAUAAUGGACUUGAUGAAGUUGUACGAAGGUGCCUUUUUGCCAAAUUUUCAGUGGCCGCAACCUAAACUCGACAGUGAGGAGACAAGCGAAGAGGAAGAUGUGGAAGAUGUCCCGAGUGACAGGGACAGUCGGAAGGACCUGGUCCUUAUUGAUUCUCUGUUCAUCAUGGACCAGUUUAAGGCUGCGGAGAGGGUGAAUAUCGGAAAGCCAAACACAAAAGACAUCGCGGAAGUGACCGCCAUGGCCGAGGCCAUCCUGCCCAAGGGCAGCGCUAGGGUUAUCACAGCGGUGAAGUUUAACACCCCGUCCCUCCUGUUCGGGGCGCUCCGAGACUACCAGAAGAUCGGCCUGGACUGGCUGGCCAAGCUCUACAGGAAGAGGCUCAACGGCAUCCUGGCCGACGAGGCCGGGCUCGGCAAGACGGUGCAGAUCAUUGCCUUCUUUGCCCACCUGGCCUGUAACGAAGGUAAUUGGGGACCCCACCUUGUUGUGGUGAGAAGUUGUAACAUACUCAGGUGGGAGCUUGAGCUGAAGCGUUGGUGCCCUGGGCUGAAGACCCUUCUGUAUGUCGGCAGCCACAGAGAACUCAGAGCCAAGAGACAGGAAUGGACAGAGCCCUACAGCUUCAACAUCUGCAUCACAUCCUACAAGCGCUUCUUCAAGGGCUACCAUUCCUUCACCAAGGUGCGCUGGAGGUGCCUGGUCAUUGAUGAGAUGCAGCAGGUGAAGAACAUGACUGACAGACACUGGGGAGCUGUCUUCAACCUGCACAGUCAGCAGCGUCUGCUUCUGAUCGACGCACCUUUGCACAACACCUUCCUGGAGUUGUGGACCAUGGUGCACUUCCUCAUCCCGGGCAUCUCCAGGCCCUACCUCAGCUUCCCUCUGAAAGCCCCCAAUGACGAGAACCAGGACUACUACCACAAGGUGGUCAUCCGGCUGCAUCGGGUGACGCAGCCAUUUAUCCUGAGGAGGACUAAGAGAGACACGGAGAAGCAGCUCCCCAGGAAGUACGAACAUGUGCUAAAGUGCCGCCUGUCCAGCCGGCAGAAGGCCCUGUAUGAAGAUGUCGUUCUGCAGCCCGGGACUCAGGAGGCCCUCAAGAGCGGGCACUUUGUGAAUGUCCUGAGCAUCCUGAUGAAGCUGCAGCGGAUCUGCAACCACCCGGGCCUCGUGGAGCCCCGGCAGCCAGACUCCCCCUUUGUCGCAGGCCCUCUGCGGUACCCGUGCGCCUCUCUGACCCUCAGGGCCCUGCAGAGAGACUUCUGGAAGGAAGCAGACCUUUCUAUAUUUGAUCUUAUCGGGCUAGAAAAUAAACUCACUCGCCAUGAGGCAGACUUGCUGUCGAAGAAGAAAGUGACGCGGAAGCUUAUUGAGGAGAUUUUCGCCGCCCCACCACCAUCUGCCAGACCCGUUGCUGUAAAGCUGAAGCCAAGCAGGUUGUUUCAGCCUGUGCGGUACGGCCAGAAGCCCGAGGGCCGCACUGUGACCUUCCCCAGCACCCACCCGCCCCGGACAGCAGCGCCUGCUGCAGCUCCUGCCGCACCUCAGGGCCAGGUCCGAGGACGGCCACCCAUUGCCACCUUCUCUGCGAAUCCAGAUGCCAAAGCGGCGGCCGCGCAGUGUCAGCCACCUCAGGCCUCCUCCAGUGCUCCGAGACACCAGCCCGCCACGACCUUCACCUCCGCAGCUAGUGCAGUCCAUCCAGCCAGCCUGCGGGGCCCGACCUCGGCCCCAGCCUCGGCCCCUGGCCCGCCCCCGCCCCCGGCCCCGGCCCCUGCGCACACCACCCCGCAGAGUGCCCUGCCCCCGAGGCUGGUGCUGACCGCCCAGGCCCAGGCUCGGUUGCCGAGCGGAGAGGUGGUGAAAAUUGCUCAGCUGGCGUCCAUAGCAGGGACGCAGAGCCGCGUUGCGCAGCCCGAGACGCCCGUGACGUUGCAGUUCCAGGGGAACAAGUUCACCCUGUCCCACAGCCAACUCCGGCAGCUGACAGCAGGUCAGCCUCUGCAGCUCCAAGGCAGUGUGCUCCAGAUUGUGUCGGCACCCGGGCAGCCAUACCUGCGUCCUCCGGGCCCUGUGGUGAUGCAGACCAUGUCGCAGGCAGGGGCUGUGCACAGCGCCCUCAAUGCUUUGGGAGGAAAGCCCCCAGCUGGUGCCCCAGCUCCCAUGCCCCUGGCCCCCCAAGUUGGCAUUCCAAGUCGAGUGGCAGUUAACCCCAUGGUGGCAGGAGAACCCGGGAUGGCCCCCAAACCGGCCUCGCCCCUUGGCGCUCCAACCCAGGAGGACAGGGCCAGACUCCUGAGGGAACGACUGGAGCAGGUCUUCCUCGUCAAUGAGUGGCGCUGUUCCCGUGUGCCCGUCUAUGGCCGGGACCUGCUGGGGGUCUGCUCCCUGGCCACGCAGGCCAGCAGCCAUGCGAUGGGCAUAUGCAGCAGGGGUGACCUGCUGUUGACACUGAGCCAACGCCAAGAGUCCCUACAGGAUGUCAUUGACAGGGUGAUGUGUGUGAUGCCUGCCGUGGUCGCAGCGCCCCCGUCCCUGUGUGUGGUGAGGCCACCCUCUGCGUAUAGCCACGGGCUGAGGGUGCUGAACCACCGCCUGCGAGAGUACACAGCAGCACACUUGCAGCAGCUGCAGCAGGUCACGGCCCUGCGCCUGCUGCGCUUUCCCGAGCUCAGGCUGGUGCAGUUCGACUCAGGGAAGUUGGAGGCUUUGGCAAUCUUACUUCAGAAGUUGAAGUCAGAGGGGCGCCGCGUCCUGAUCCUGUCACAGAUGGUCCUCAUGUUGGACAUCCUAGAAAUGUUCCUGAACUUCCAUUAUCUCACCUACGUACGGAUCGACGAGAACGCCAGCAGGGAGCAGCGGCAGGAGCUGAUGAGGACUUUCAACCGAGACCGGCGGAUCUUUUGUGCCAUCCUGUCAACCCACAGCCGAUCCAUAGCUGUGAGCCUGGUGGAGGCAGACACAGUGGUGUUCUACGACAAUGACCUCAACCCACUGAUGGACGCCAAGGCCCAGGAGUGGUGCGACCGGAUUGGGCGCUGCAAGGACAUCCACAUCUACAGGCUUGUGAGUGGCAAUUCCGUCGAGGAGAAGUUGCUGAAGAAUGGCACAAAAGACUUGAUCCGAGAGGUGGCCGCCCAGGGGAAUGACUACUCUGUAGCUUUCUUGACGCAGCGCACGAUCCAGGAACUGUUUGAGGUGUGCUCACCCAUGGAGGAUGCGGGCUUCCCGGUGAAGGCCGAGGAGUUUGUGGUGCUCUCCCAGGAGCCUUCUGCCACAGAGACCAUCGCCCCCAAAAUCGCACGGCCAUUCAUAGAGGCCCUCAAGAGCAUUGAGUAUCUGGAGGAGGAUGCCCAGAAGUUCUGUGAGGAGGCAGCAUCGGGAGCAGGAGCUGCCAUCCCGUCACCUGACAGAGGCCUCCUGAGACUCGCGGAGGAGCCAUCCCAGUUAGAGGAACUUGCUGACUUCAUGGAGCAGCUCACACCCAUUGAAAAGUAUGCUUUGAAUUACCUGGAACUAUUUCACACUUCCAUCCAUCAAGAAAGAGAGAGCAUCAGUGAGAACGUGACCAUGGCCUUGAUGAAGGAGUGGGAGGCCCAGAACGUGAAGAACCUGCAGGAGAGGGUGGCACGGGUGCAGGAGGAGGGGCCGCAGGACGAGCUGCUCACCUACACGCGGGGGGACGCCUACAAUAUGGAGUACAUCUGUGAAGAUGCAGAGGGACACACAGAAGUUAUGCCCCUGUGGACGCCGCCCACUCCCCCGCAGGAUGACAACGACAUCUAUAUAGACUCAGUCAUGUGCCUCAUGUAUGAAGCCACGCCCAUCCCUGAAUCCAAGCUGCCCCCCGUGUACGUGAGGAAGGAGCGGAAGCGGCACAAAACCGACCCCUCAGCUGCAGGCAGGAAGAAGAAGCAACGACAUGGGGAAGCAGUCGUGCCGCCCCGCUCCCUGUUUGACCGUGCCACGCCGGGCCUUCUCAAGAUGCGUCGAGAGGGCCGGGAGCAGAAGAAGAACAUCCUGCUGAAGCAGCAGGCACAGUUCGCCAAGCCGCUGCCCACCUUUGCCAGACCGGCCGCCGAGUCAGGCCAGGACAGCCCCGAGUGGCUUGUCAGUGAGGACUGGGCGCUGCUGCAGGCUGUGAGGCAGCUGUUGGAGCUCCCCCUGAACCUCACAAUUGUGUCGCCUGGCCAUACACCCAACUGGGACCUUGUCAGCGACGUGGUGAACUCCUGCAGCCGCAUUUACCGCUCCUCCAAACAGUGCCGGAACCGCUACGAGAACGUCAUCAUUCCACGAGAGGAGGGGAAGAGUAAGAACAACCGUCCUCUCCGCACGAGCCAGAUCUAUGCUCAGGAUGAGAACGCCACCCACACGCAGCUGUACACCAACCACUUUGACCUCAUGAAGAUGACCGCCGGCAAGAGGAGCCCCCCCAUCAAGCCGCUGCUGGGCAUGAAUCCUUUUCAGAAAAAUCCCAAGCACGCCUCUGUGCUGGCAGAGAGUGGGAUCAAUUACGACAAACCCCUGCCCCCAAUUCAGGUCGCAUCUCUUCGUGCAGAGCGGAUUGCCAAAGAGAAAAAGGCCCUAGCGGAUCAGCAGAAGGCCCAGCAGCCAACUGUGGCUCAGCCUCCCCAGCAGCCACCGCCACCACCUCAGUCCCAGCAGCCUCCGCCACUGCCCCAGCCCCAGCCGGUCACCAGCCAGCAGCCUGCCGGGCAGCCGACAGUCCCGGCCCAGGCCCAGGCCCAGCCCCCACCACAGCCGCAGCCCGUGCAGCCACAGCCAAAGGCACAGCCUGCGAUAACCACGGGGGGCAGUGCAGCCGUGCUGGCAGGAACCAUUAAAACAUCGGUGACUGGGACAAGCAUGCCCACUGGCACUGUGAGUGGGAAUGUGGUUGUGAACACCAUUGCUGGCGUCCCUGCGGCCACCUUUCAGUCCAUCAACAAACGUCUUGCCUCCCCUGCAACACCCGGUGCCUUAACUACGUCCGGGGGCUCAGCGCCUGCCCAGGUGGUCCACACCCAGCCACGAGCAGUGGGCUCCCCUGCCACAGCCACCACUGACCUGGUGUCCAUGACGACUCAAGGGGUGCGGGCAGUCACGUCUGUCACCACCCCAGCCGUGGUCACCACCAAUCUGACGCCCGUGCAGGCCCCCACCCGGUCUCUGGUGACCCAGGUCUCCCAAGCCACGGGGGUGCAGCUGCCGGGAAAGACCAUCACCCCUGCACACUUCCAGCUCCUCCGGCAGCAGCAGCCACCACCACCGCUGCCUUCCCAGGUGCAGGUCCCACAGAUCCAGGGCCAGGCCCAGUCGCCAGCCCAGAUCAAAGCUGUCGGGAAGCUGACUCCGGAACACCUGCUCAAAAUGCAGAAGCAGAAGCUGCAGUUGCCCCAGCAGGCGCCUCCGCAGACCCAGCCGGGGCCCCCGCCACCCACGCCUCCAGUGCAGCCGCAGCCCCCGCAGCCGGCGCAGCAGCAGAGCCCCCAGCUCACCACUGUCACAGCCCCGCGGCCCGGGGCGCUGCUCACAGGCACCGCUGUGGCCAACCUGCAGGUGGCCCGGCUCACCCGGGUACCCACCUCUCAGCUACAAGCCCAGAGCCAGAUGCAGGCCCAGACACCCCCAACAGCACAGGUGGCCCUGGCAAAGCCCCCUGUGGUAUCAGUGCCAGCGGCUGUGGUCUCCUCGCCGGGUGUGACAACACUGCCCAUGAACGUGGCCGGGAUCAGUGUGGCGAUUGGGCAGCCGCAGAAAGCAGCAGGGCAGACUGUGGUGGCCCAGCCCGUCCACGUGCAGCAGCUGCUGAAGCUCAAGCAGCAGGCGGUGCAGCAGCAGAAGGCCAUCCAGCCCCAGGGCGCCCAGGGCCCGGCCACCGCCCAGCAGAAGAUCACUGCUCAGCAGCUGGCUGCACAGGGCCCGCAGCAGAAGGUGACCUACGCCACCCAGCCGGCACUGAAGACCCAGUUCCUGACAACGCCCAUCUCCCAGGCCCCGAAGCUGGCAGGGACUCAGCAGGUGCAGACUCAGAUCCAAGUUGCGAAACUUCCCCAGGUUGUCCAGCAGCAAACAACUGUGGCCAGCAUCCAGCAGGUCGCCACUGCGUCCCAGCAGGCCUCCCCGCAGACAGUGACACUCGCGCAGGCGACCACAGCCGGUCAGCAGGUCCAGAUGAUCCCCGCGGUGACUGCUACAGCCCAGGUGGUACAGCAGAAGCUCAUGCAGCAACAGGUGGUGACCACGGCACCCACCCAGCUGCAGAGCCCUGGGGUCCCCAACCCAGCACAGGGGCCAGCCGCCUCGGAGAGCCCGAGCCAACAGCCCAAGUUACAGAUGCGUGUGCCCACUGUCAGACUGAAGACCCCCACCAAGCCUCCGUGCCAGUGA